AUGGAAUUGAUCACUGACAAUCAUGCUGUUUGGGAUGAGCCUCAAAAGGCCCGUGCUAGCAACAUUUCACACUACAGAGACCGACGGCACCAGAGAUGCCUUACCUUCCUGGGGAGGGUUCUGACCUUUGUUUUUCAUUUGGCAACAGGAUCACCGGGCCAGUCAGGUUACUAUGGUGUCAGGAGAUCUUUCUUGUCUGACUCAGACUUCCACAACAGUAAACCGUUUUCCAGUGACGCCUACACCCCCAGCGUGGUGAAGCCCUUCGCCUGCGAGCCGGCCGCAGCGCAGGGCCCCGCGGCGCUGCUGGAGCCCGUCCUGGCCGAGCCCUACGCGGAGUCCCGCGCGCCCGCGCUCGCCCCCGGCCCCUCAGCGCUGUUCGGUGCCGCGCCUCUGCCGCCGCUCCUGCCGCCGCCCUUCCCCGGGGACCCGGCUCACUUCGUGCUUAGGGAUUCGUGGGAGCAGACAGUGCCUGAUGGGUUCAGCCAGCCAGACUCCGUGCCCGCCGAAGCUCUGCAGACUCUGUCGCCUAGCACCAGCUGCCUCUCCCCACUUGAGUCCGCCAGCACCAGCCAGCACAGGAGCGCGGGCUGGGGGGCCUCCCUGGCUGGAACUCAGCCCUACUCCCUGCACACUCUGGAGGACCUGCACCACACACCAGGGUACCCUACCCCGCCACCAUACCCCUUCGCCCCUUUCAUGACCAUGUCAAACGACCUCCUGCCUAAAGGCUUGCCUCUCUCCCCAGAUGAGGGGACAGACACCUCUUCCCUUCACGAUCCUUCACCUUGGACAAAAGAAGAUGGGAGUAUGGCCUGGGGGUCCUAUGAAUGCCGCAGAGCUUACUGAGGGGGGGACCAAAGAACUUCUGUGCUUUUCUUUAAAUUGGGCUCUGUAUUCCACAGAUUGUUUUGGGUGUGCCUGCUCAUCCCGAACUGGAUUUUUAGAAUAAGCCAUACUGUCACCAUUUGUUAAUGGACAGUGGCAUUUAUUUGUAAUUCUCCCCACUGUAACCCUACUGAAAUUUAAUUGUUCAUUAAAUGUAUUAUGGACCAGGUUCUAGUGAGACAGGUUACAGUGAGGUCAGUUUAAAACUGUAGUAACAUUACACUCUGAAUCUUCUGCUGUCCUUGAAGUAUCAUUUUUGGCUCCAAUUUUUUUUUCUUAAAUUACAUUAAAAAGUUUUUGCAUAUCAUAAAACAUAAUGAUUUUCCUGCCUGGUUUUUCUUAGUUACCGACUAUCUGUAUUCUUUAGUAAAAGAGAAUGGAUAGGCUGUAAUAUAGGUUGGAACAUAUAAAAUAAAACUCAUGCCAUGUAACUCUAAAAAGUGAA